AUGGCUAUGGCAAGUGAGGGGAUGCUUUUCAGGGGAAACGAGGCCUCCACCUUGAUUUUGACGUCCGGUGCCAGCGGCCGAAUCCGCGCCCUCUUUUCCCUCCGAGCCUUGCAAGCCCUGCUUGCCUUCUUCAACAAUCUCGUUUUCCUCCUACUCUUUCCUUUCCGCAAAGGGACCCUCCUCUCCUCCCGACUCGCCUGGAAGACCACCUCUCCCUCCCCCUCCAUGCCCCGGAGGGCCUUGGCCAUUCGUAGACUCCUCGAGGAUGCCGACGCUGACCCUCAUCCAAUCUCCUUGAGGGAGUACCGCCUCUUCCCUAACUCCCGGGGUGACACCAUUUUCACCCAGUCUUGGCUUCCCCUCUCUCCUCACACUCACAUCAGGGGAGUUGUUUUUCUUAUGCAUGGACUUAAUGAACACAGUGGCAGAUAUACUAACUUCGCGAAGCAGCUCAAUGCUAAUGGCUUCAAGGUUUACGCCAUGGAUUGGGUUGGCCACGGUGGAAGUGAUGGGUUACAUGGUUAUGUCCAUUCUCUUGAUGAUGCUGUUUCUGAUAUGAAAACAAUUUUGGAGAAGGUUAUAAAUGAAAAUCCUGGACUUCCAUGUUUCUGCUUUGGACACUCGACAGGAGCAGCCAUUACUCUUAAGGCUCUACUUGACCCGAAGUUUGAAAGUCGCAUAGCUGGUGCUGUAUUGACAUCCCCUGCAGUUGGUGUUGCCCCUUCUCAUCCAAUUUUGCUGGUACUUGCUCCUAUAGCUUCAUUUUUGCUGCCAACAUAUCAAUGCAGUUCUGCAUAUAAGAAGGGUUCGCGAGUAUCUAGAGACCCAGAGGCGCUAAUUGCUAAAUAUUCGGAUCCAUUAGUAUGUACUGGACCUCUUAGAGUACGAACUGGUUAUGAGAUUCUCAGAAUUACAAGCUACUUGCAGCAAAAUCUCAGAAAAUUAAGAGUUCCAUUUUUUGUUCUCCAUGGCACUGCUGACUCCGUAACUGAUCCCGUUGCUUCUCAAAAAUUAUAUGUAGAAGCCUCUUCAACUGACAAGAGUAUCAAACUAUACGAGGGGUUCUUACAUGAUCUGCUCUUUGAACCAGAACGAGAUGCUAUCACACAGGAUAUAAUUCAAUGGCUGAACGGUAGAGUGUAA